AUGUCUGUAUUUCGUUGGGAUGCUUCACGAUUCUUGAAAAGUUAUGAUAGGAAUGUUGACAAAGGCGUUCCAUGUUAUGUUAUUAUUGUGCUCAAUCAGCCAAUAACUAGGAGGAAUGGUGUAUUAGAGCUGCUGUGGAAACAGAGCUUGUUGAAAAUGUGUGCUGACGGAGGAGCAAAUCGUAUCUACGACACAUUUGUUGGUAGUGACAAACUUUCUGAGUACACACCUGAUUACAUAUGUGGAGAUAACGAUUCGUUGAGAGAUGAUGUUCGGGAAUAUUACCUGUCAAAAGGAACCAUAAUCAUAAAUAACCCGGAUCAAGAAUCAACUGAUCUCAUGAAAUGUAUUGAAGUGAUUCGCCGUCGUGAAAAUGACAAUCCCAAAUAUGAUGUUAUCGCAUUGGGAGCAAUAGGAGGGCGGUUCGACCACUCGAUGUCAAACAUUCAUUACCUGCAUAAACUAAAGGACGAGAGAAGAAUAUAUCUAUUAUCUGAUGUUAACAUGACAUUUCUACUAGACAAGGGUAUUCAUCACAUCCAAUGCGAUUCGGAAAUAGAAGGCCCGACAUGUGGAAUAUUACCAAUUGGCAUAUCCGAGGCAAUAAUAUCAACGACGGGCCUUAGAUGGAAUCUAUCAUCAGCGCGUACGGCAUUCGGACAAAUGAUCAGCACUUCAAAUAUAAUAGACAGUCACGAAAUUACUAUAGAAACAGAUCAACCACUCAUUUGGACAGUAGAAUUGAAAGUCUGA